CGACUUUUGUUCCAUCUCUUUUUCGUCGGCAACGUUGCGCAGCGCACGGCUUUAGAUUGUUUAAACGCGAAUUUACCCCAGGAAAACGCAUUUAAAAUGGCUUUCGGUGAUGUUAAGACCCCGCAGGGACUCAAGGAGUUGAACAACUUCCUGGCCGACAACAGCUACAUCAGCGGAUAUACGCCCAGCAAGGCCGAUCUGUCCGUGUUCGAGGCUCUGGGCAAGGCCCCAUCCGCCGACAAUGUGAACGUUGCCCGUUGGUACCGCCACAUCGCUUCCUUCGAGGCCUCGGAGCGCGCCGCCUGGGGAGGUGCUCCUCUGCCCCAGUUGGCCGGCGGUAAGCCCACCGUGGCUGCUCCCGCCAAGCCCGCCGCCGAUGAUGAUGAUGAUGUGGAUCUUUUCGGAUCCGACGAGGAGGAGGACGCCGAGGCCGAGCGCAUCAAGCAGGAGCGUGUUGCCGCCUACGCCGCCAAGAAGUCGAAGAAGCCCGCCCUCAUUGCCAAGUCAUCGGUGCUUUUGGACGUGAAGCCCUGGGACGACGAGACCGACAUGAAGGAGAUGGAGAACAACGUGCGCACCAUCGAGAUGGACGGUCUGCUGUGGGGCGCCUCCAAACUGGUCCCUGUGGGCUACGGCAUCAACAAGCUGCAGAUCAUGUGCGUCAUCGAGGAUGACAAGGUGUCCAUCGAUCUGCUCCAGGAGAAGAUCGAGGAGUUCGAGGACUUUGUUCAGUCCGUCGACAUUGCUGCCUUCAACAAGAUCUAAACAUCUGAGAUUUUAAUAUUCUAAAUAAACUCGAGCAAAGUGAAAUAACAAA